AUGCCCAACGAAGGCCGUGAUCCCGCCGGCCAGGAGCCGAGCAACUCGGUCUCGCGCGCGCGGGACUAUUUCUCCAUCCCUGCUCCGAUCAAACGCAUCUUCGACCAAUUUCCUCUCGUCACACUCCCUCCUAAUGACCUUCCUCAGCGCACGGGGACAUCUCGCCGCGGAAACAGCCUCUUUGUUUUCACAGACGCAGCAGGAGCCCGCCGGGGUCGACCGUCGUUCAACCCGCAAUGUCUCAAGUGGCAGGCCUACUUGAAAUUUGUCGGGAUCGACUUCGACAUCGUUACAUCGAACAACCACGCGUCGCCUACCGGUGCCCUUCCUUUCCUUCUCCCCGCUCAGUCGCUGCAAGCCAAUGCCCCGAUACCUUCCAACAAACUACAAAAAUGGGCCAUUGAGCAAGUACACUGUGAGGAGGAACAGCAGCUCGACGUGCGCUUUGAGGUCUAUGCAUCGCUGCUAGACCACCGGAUACGGAAUGCUUGGCUGUACUCCCUCUAUUUGGAUGAAGCAAACUUCGAGGCCGUGGCAAAGCGACUCUACGUGAAACCCGCGACGACCAAUUCGCUGGUCCGGGCCACUCUUUCUUUACAACUCCAACAGGCCGCUCGGGAAGAAAUCCUCAAGUCGUCGCAGUAUAUCGAUGUCAGUGCGCUGGAGGCGGAGGCGGCCGAUGCAUUUGAGGCCCUCUCAACGCUUCUCGGGGACCAGCUCCACUUCUUCGGUCGAUCGAACCCAGGAUUGUUCGAUGCCAGUGUGUUCGCAUACACACACCUAAUCCUAGACGAGGGAAUGGGGUGGAAACGCAAUCGACUGGGGCAGCUAUUGCAGCAGCAUGAAAAUCUUGUACAACACCGUGAACGCCUACUCAAAUUCUUCUAA